CGGAUGAGAUGGGCCUUGGCAAGUCGUUGCAGUGCAUCUGUCUUUUAUGGGCACUGAUGAAGAGGAACGAGGGACUCGGUCAGCCGAUCCUCAGGCGGGUGUUAAUCGUAUGUCCGUGCACUCUACUGCGCAACUGGGAACAGGAGCUGAGGAAGUGGCUCGGUUUCUCAGCAAUGACCACGUACACGAUCUAUGCAAAGACGGACGUCGCCAAGUUGUUGCCAUUCCCUUCACGGUCCGUGGUGAUCAUCGGCUAUGAGAAACUGCUGCGUUCUGUGGAACAUUUUCAAGACGGCGACCAGAGCAGUUUCGACCUGAUGAUCUGCGACGAGGGUCAUCGUCUGAAGAACGUGGCGCUGAAGGCCAAUUGGAUUCUGUCCAGCAUUCCGGUUCGUCGUCGGAUCUUGUUGACUGCUACUCCAAUUCAGAACAACCUUCUCGAACUCUAUGCCCUGUUGAAUUUCGUAAAUCCGGGCAUCUUGGGAGAUCCAAACGAGUUUAAGGCCGACUACGAUCGGCCGAUCCUCGCUUCGUUGCAGAAGGACGCCAGCGAAGCCGAUGUUUGCUUUGGCCGGUACAAGAUGAAGGAGUUGAACAAAAUCUUGUCAAAGUUCUUGCUGCGUCGCACCCAAGAUGUGAUGCAGAAGUAUCUUCCUCCAAAAGCGGAAUACGUGGUUUUUUCGAAGCCAUCGGUUUUGCAAACCGUGCUUUAUUCACACCUGGCCGACAAAGCUCUGUCCGUCGAUGACGUUUGGGAUCAGGAAAAAUUUCUAGUAUACCUCGACGCAUAUCGAAAGGCUUGCAACCAUCCUUCUUUGCUGUACUUCGCCGCCGAAAAGGCCGAUUCACCUUACAGCAGUGUGCUGACUUUGUUUCCUGUUGAUUACGACCCGGCGUUGCUUUCGGUGGGUGAUAGCAGCAAACUGCACGUUUUGGCUAGUCUCCUAGAAUGUGUAUUCGCUGAUUAUCCGAACGACAAAGUUGUCAUCGCUUCUAACUUUAGCAAAACACUGAACAUUAUCGAAUCGUACUGCGUAAGCGUUGGAUACAGCUACUAUCGUCUAGACGGUGCGGUUAGCGCGGAGCAUCGCCAAAAACUGGUCAACAGCUUUAACGACCGCUCUGACAGAACUUUGAUAUUUUUGCUGAGCACCAAAUGCGGUAUGGUUUCGAAAAUUAAUGCUUUGGUGUUUGUGGUUUAUGAAAAGAGAGGAGGACUUCGUCGUUUUGUGCUUCUAGGCGGCAUAGGAUUGAACCUAAUCGGUGCCACCCGCCUCGUUUUGUACGACAUCGACUGGAACCCGACUUAUGACAUUCAAACGAUGGCACGCAUUUGGAGGGAUGGCCAGAACCAGAAACGAACAUGCCACGUUUACAGAUUGCUGACGGCCGGAACGGUCGAAGAGCGCAUGUACAUCCGCCAGAUCAGCAAACAGGAGUUGAACUGCGUCGUCGAGGAAGUGGUCAACACGAAUAUACACGGUAUGAAUAAACUCAUUGUUGCGAAAUAUAUUUUGUGCUGAAU